AUUUUAUUUGUACAGAGAAAAAUAUAUAAUAUCGUUUAUACAUCACACAACUUAGGCAAGGUUCUGUGAGCUUGGCAGAAGAUGCUGAUUCUGGAACUUGCGCCUUUAAGAAAAAGCUCUGUUGCUAUUGGUUAUUGCAGUUCUUUUCUGCACCAAUGACAUGCAGAAUUGUACAAAGAGAUCUACUCCCUCCCCCCACUGGCAUUACAAUGUUCAGACCAAGCAGAAAGAGGGGAUGCUCUGAUCACUCGGACAAAAUGGAUUGUAAUAUAUAUUUCAGACAAAAUGGACAAGCAAAAUUGCAGUCGUGGUGGGAUCCAUAGUUUUUAUUAGCACGGUGAAUCGUCCGGAUUUUAGAACAAAAUGACAAAGAGGAUUAUUUUGAGAGGGUGGAGGCGUCAUUUGCUUUCCUGUUUUCUUUAUAUUCUUUUGUGGAAUAUGACAGAAGGACAGACUCGCUACUCGAUUCCAGAAGAACUAAAUGUUGGCGCUGUCGUUGGAAAUAUUGCUAAAGAUUUGGGCUUGAAAAUAUCCGAGAUUUAUGAGCGUAAUUUGCGAAUAGCCUCUGAAUCGGGUAAGCAGUUUUUCAGCGUGGAUUUACGCAGAGGUGAGAUUGUGGUUAACGAGAGAAUCGACAGAGAGACUCUUUGUGGAAAAAACGCACAGUGUCUGUUGCCUCUUCAAAUCGUUAUCGAGGAUCCUUUACAACUUUAUAGAGUGGAAGUUGACAUACAGGAUAUUAAUGACAAUUACCCACAUUUUCAGUCAACGGAUCGUGUUUUAAAAAUAGCAGAAUCGACUGUACCUGGUAUGCGCUUUCCUCUGGAGGGUGCAAUAGACCCAGAUGUCGGCAGUAACUCUUUGAAAUCGUACACUUUAAGCAAAGACGAUUGCUUUAGUUUGAAGGUAAAAGAUCUCGGAGAUGGCCGAAAGGUACCUGAAUUAGUACUGGAGAAAGCAUUGGAUCGCGAGAAGAAACCGAUGCAUCAGCUGCUGUUAACGGCAUUAGACGGAGGGAGCCCGGCAAAGUCUGGAAAUUUACAAAUUAAUAUCACCGUCCUGGAUAACAAUGACAACAACCCCGUAUUUGAGAAAGCCGUGUACAAAGUGUCUAUUUACGAAAACACUAAGCCGGGUACGUCGUUUUUAAAAGUCCAGGCAACAGAUUUAGACGAAGGGCAAAAUGGAGAGAUACAAUAUUCUUUAGAGGAACACACUUCAGAUGCCCUGCGUUUACUGUUUCGUAUUGACGAGAAAACCGGAGAAAUUACUCUGAAUGGAAACUUGGAUUAUGAGACCACUCCUAUGUACAACAUUGAGAUAAGUGCUAAAGACAAAGGGGUUCCCGAAAUGGAGGGCCAUUGUAGAGUUGAAAUUGAAGUUUCAGAUAUUAACGACAAUGCGCCGCAAAUAGUGCUUACGUCUAAACCAAGUCCUGUACGCGAGGAUGCUCCAAGCGGGACAGUUGUGGCUUUAAUAAGCGCACGAGACAUUGACUCUGGUGUCAAUGGAAAAGUAACGCUGCAGACACAAUCCGACCUUCCAUUUAUUUUAAAACCAUCUUUCUCAAAUGAAUAUUCAUUAGUUACAAGCGGUGUUUUAGACCGCGAAACGUUUCCAGAGUACAACGUAGAAAUCACCGCAUUUGACUCAGGCUCACCUCCUUUAAGUAGCAAAACUAUAAUUCCAGUUAAAAUUCUUGAUGUUAACGACAAUGCCCCGAAGUUCUCUAAUAAUGUGUAUUAUGUAUACAUUACAGAGAAUAAUACUCCAGGAUCUAUUAUUUGUUCAGUAUCCGCUCAAGACGUUGAUAUUGGAUUAAAUGGUAAAAUUUCAUACGCUAUUGAGAACCCUAAAGUUUUUGAUACACCCAUAUCGUCAUAUGUGUACAUAAACGCAGAUAAUGGUAGCAUAUUCAGCAUGCAUUCGUUUGACUUUGAGAAAAUUAAGAUGCUUGAGGUCAUCGUUCAGGCUAAAGAUCAUGGCUCUCCAUCUCUAACCAGCAACGCCACGGUUUAUGUGUUCAUUCUGGACAAAAAUGACAACGUGCCUGCUGUUAUUUACCCCUCCACGGUCAUGGGGUCUGUCUCACAUCAGAGGAUGCCCCGAUCUGCUAAAUUAGGACAUCUUGUUACUAAGGUAACAGCAGUGGAUGCUGACUCUGGUCACAAUGCUUGGAUUUCAUACAGACUCACAGAGGCCACGGACAUGUCUUUGUUUAAUGUAAAUUUACAUACUGGAGAGGUGAGGACUAAACGUUCUGUUUCAGAGCAGGAUGAUUCUUCUCAGAGACUCUUAAUAGAGAUAAAGGAUAAUGGAGAGCCAGAAAAGUCCACUACAGUGACAGUGGAAAUAAUAAUAGAAGAUGGCUUUCAUGAGCCCAUUUCAGACUAUCAUAAAAAAACUGUAGAACCCAGCAAAAAAAGUGGAAAAAUUACUUUGUACUUAAUCAUCUCACUGGCGGCCGUUUCGUUGUUGUCUUUGGUGACGUUUUUUAUCUUACUGGUGAAAUGUGCGCGGGGCAGCAGAGGCAGUUCAAGCUGCUGUUUCAAACGAACUAAUUCUGGUUACGAGAACCCCAACAGAAACCUUCAGAUCCAGCUCAACACUGACGGGCCCAUUAAGUACGUGGAAGUUCUAGGAGGAGACAUGAUGUCUCAGAGUCAGUCUUUCGGCUCCUAUCUCUCUCCAAUGUCGGAAUUUAGUGAUUUUACUUUGAUAAAACCUAGCAGCACCACAAACUUUACAGACACGCUAAACGUGCUUGAUGCGUCAUUACCAGACAGCGCGUGGACGUUCGAGAGCCAACAGGUGAGAUAA